AGUGAGGGAGUGAACGAGAGAGAGCGAGAGAGAGAGAGAGAGAGAGAGAGAGAGAAAAGGAAAAAAAAUGUGCAAUGUCAGCCAAGACAGCUGCAACAUCGACUCGCGGUUAGACAGCCUCUUCCCUCCGACCCUCUACAUCUUCGUGAUGGUGAUCGGGUUCCCCACCAACUGCCUGUCCCUCUGGGCGGCCUUCGUCCAGGUCCGUCAGAAGAACGAGCUGGGGGUCUACCUGCUGAACCUGUCGAUCUCCGACCUGCUGUACAUCGCCACCUUGCCCCCCUGGGUCAACUACUUCCUCCACCAGGACAACUGGAUCCACGGGCCCGAGUCCUGCAAGCUCUUCGGCUUCAUCCUCUACACCAACAUCUACAUCAGCAUUGGGUUCCUCUCCUGCAUCUCCGUGGACCGUUACCUGGCAGUCGCCCACCCGCUGAAGUUCGCCAAGGUCCGGCGGGUCAAGACGGCCGCCGUGGUGAGCGCCGUGGUCUGGGCCAUCGAGAUCGGGGCGAAUUCGGCCCCACUCUUCCACAACGAGCUCUUCGAGGACCGGUUCAACCACACCUUCUGCUUCGAGAAGUACCCCAUGGAGGACUGGGUGGCUCAGAUGAACCUCUACCGGGUUUUUGUGGGCUUCCUGUUCCCCUGGGUGCUGAUGCUCUUCUGCUACCAGGGCAUCCUCCGAGCCGUGAAGACCAACGUCUCGACCGAGCGGGAGGAGAAGGCCAAGAUCAAGCGCUUGGCCCUCAGCCUCAUCGCCAUCCUCCUCUUCUGCUUCGCCCCCUACCACCUCAUCCUCCUCUCCCGCAGCGUGGUCUACCUGGGCCAACCCUGCGACUGCACCUUCGAGGAGAACAUCUUCACUGCCUACCACGUCUCGCUGGCUCUGACCAGCCUGAACUGCGUGGCCGACCCCAUCCUGUACUGCCUGGCCAACGAGGGGGCUCGCAGCGAGGUGACCAGGGGCCUGGCCCCCCUCAUGAAGUUCUUCAGUGCCUCCAGGCCUAAUAUGGACUCGUUCGCCCGCUCGGUCACCCUGGACACCCCCCUGGUCUUCAAGAAGGGCAGCUGCUCCUUCACCUCGGAGCUGGUCACUUUGCGGACAGACAGGGGGCCGGGGUCGGAGAUCGAGGGUCAGGAGGCGGAGGGAUUGUAAAUGUCCGGGGCCUGUCUCGCGUCCCCGUUUCCUUCCCCCCCCCCCCCACUCGUGGGACGCAAGCGUGAUGGAGGCGUGUGCUAUCGGUGGUGUUAUUUAAGGAAGAACUUCAUUCCAC